AUCAACCCGAUCGACACCACCCUUUCUUCUUACUCGCGGUAUCUACCGAGUUACUAAAUUUAGCAAAGGGGGGGAGAAAUUCAAGUAUAAGUCGUCUUCUCCUGCGCGGAGAGGAAAGAAAAAGGAGAGAAAAAAGAUGGCUCCAUCAACAACAUCAUCAUCAUCAUUUCAAUCUACUAAUAACGUCCUACCGGCUCUCCACCACGCUUCUUCAGGGUCUAUAGGUACUUUGAUAUCAACAUGCAGUCUGUAUCCCCUGUCGCUAGUGAUCGCGCGCCUGCAGGUGCAGCGACAACUCCGCAGGCGACGGCAGGGUCAGCAGCAGCGUCGUCGUCGCACAGGAGAAGGGACCAAGACGGAAAAGAGCAGCAGCGGUCCCGGACAAGAUCCUCGCGGCGAUCGCGAUCCUUCCGCUCCCGAUCCUCGCUGUACUCGUCUUCCGGAUCGACCUCGUACUUCACCAGCGGAUCCUCGUCGAGAAGAUCGUCGGGGAGAGGAAGUCGACAGUCGAGAGAAGACGCAAGCAACGGGGGUUCUUCCCGAGGACCGCCCGCGUCGACGGCCGAAGCGACCAACGGCCGAGUACGACGGCAUCGUCGACGCAUUUUCGCAGAUCUGGAGUUCCGGUGGCGAUGGCGGGCUGAGAGCGUUCUAUACUGGCCUGGCACAAGAUGCUCCCAAAUCUGUCUUGGACUCUUUCCUCUUCUUUCUAUUCUAUGAGUGGUUCCGCGCGAUCCGUCUGCGCCGACGCGGCGGACGCAGAGGUCUGCGCGUGGUGGAGGAAUUAGCGGUCGGUGUGGCCGCGGGCGCUUGUUCGCGCGGGUUUACGACGCCCAUUGCCAAUGUCGUCACGCGCAAGCAAACCGCCACACUACUUGAUAGUACUCACGGCGGACCCACUACCGUCCGCGACAUCGUGCGUGGUAUAUGGAGCGAGAAAGGUCUCGCGGGGUUCUGGGCCGGAUACUCGGCUAGUCUUGUGCUGACGCUGAACCCGAGCCUGACCUUCUUCCUGCAGGAAUCCCUCAAGGCGUCCUUUGCCGAGCAGACGUAUGAUGACCCCGGUCCGCGGCUGACGUUCCUGUUCGCCGCGACGAGUAAGGCCGUCUCGAGCUUCGUCACGUAUCCCUUCCAGAUCGCCAAGACGAGGCUGCAGGCUGGUUUACCCGUGGAUCCGGAGGAGGAGGAGGAAGAUCAAUUCGAGCAUGACGACAGCCACGACGAGAACAAGACGAUGCCGAUCCGCGCGGUGAAGAAUCUCGCCCAGCGAAGUGUGUUUGGCACCGUGGCGCACAUUAUCCGGACCGAAGGGUUUGAGUCCCUGUACGAUGGCGUCGGUGCCGAGUUGCUCAAGGGCUUCUUCAGCCACGGGACUACUAUGCUCGCGAAGGACAUGGUGCAUAAGUUCUUGUUCAAGCUGUAUAUCUUCGCCCUGGGGCUCUUGACGGAGAUGCGGCGACGCCGGCGGUCUGGGCAAAGUAUCGUGCCGCUGAAGAUGCUAUAUCGCGCGUAUGCGGGAUUCAUCCCGAGAAGGCUACGAGGGGUAACCUUGGCAUAGAUGGAACGCAGGUUGUGGGUUCAUUGCUUGAAGCUUGUUACCAUAUCAUGUAUGAUCAGCAGGAAGCUUAGAAGAUGUAACAUUGUUUUUUUUUUUGUUUUUUUUUUCCCUGCUUUUUAUUUUGCAUUUAUCUGCAGCUGGGGUGUUAGCGAGGAUGGCGUUCUCUAUAUCUUGUACAAAGGCAUUCUUCCAUGUAAAUAGA